AUGGAAGACGAGAGGUCUGAAACUCGAGACAGUUGCUACUACCCUGGGUGUAGAAAAGAUGCAAAUUGCAACUGUGAGAUUUGCUUGGCUAGCAUCAAUGCCACGCUUGAUCUCAUGCCCGUCAAUGUCCACAAAACCACACUCACAAAGCUCUCAUCUUCUCGUGCCCGAAACAACGAUGUCGAACGCACUCCCAUCUCUUUCAAUGCUUCGAUUUUGUCCACACCCAAAUCGAGUUCUCACCUUGUUUUGGCCUCUCCGGUUCUCAAAUCGAGUGUGAGAUCAAAUCCGAUGGAGAGGAUGGAGAAGAGCGAAAAAGAGUGGGUUUGGAAGGUUUGGUUUGUGAAAUUGGUGGUGGGUUUAAGCUUGAUUUUCGUGGUGGAGUUUGGUUUUUCUAGUGGGGUUUGUGGGAUUUUAAGACCAGUGUUGUCUGAUUUAAUGGAUUUUGGUUUCUGA